GUCCCAGUAGUGGAAGUCCCAAGUGGGCCUAAUCUAGGGCUAGGGGCUGUCCAAGAGUAACAUUGUUUGCAUCCAUCAGACUGGCUUGCCCCUCAGUCCAGCAGCUAUGUAGCAGAUCUACUGAGCAAGUAGGCGGAGAGUUUUAUCCCCUGGAAGAAGAAUCCCUGCUCCCUCCCAGCUUCACAGCAGCGGGAGGCGGGGUAAGUGCGGUCGGUGGGAAACAGUGCAAUUUCCUCUUUUUCCUUUCACAGCGAUAGUGCCAAAUCCAGGAUGGAUGUCCUCUUUAUAGCCCUCCUUGUUGUGCCACUUAUCCUGGGACAGGAAUACGAGGAAGAAGAAGAGCUGGAAGAGGAUGAUUACUACCAAGUGGCAUAUUAUUAUUACACAGUUACCACUAAUUAUGAUGAGUUUAGUGCAAACUUCACUGUUGAUUACUCCAUGUUUGAGUCGGAGGACAGGUUGAACAGGUUGGAAAAGGAGGUAACAACGGAAGCAGUAGAGACUACCAUUAGUCUUCAUACAGAACUUGUGGACCAUCAGAAUCCUGUAACCACGAGACCAGUGACAACAGAACCAAGUCCAGAUCAGAAUGAUGCCAUGUCCAGUCUGCAGAGUUCUGUGUCCUGUCUUCUCUUAUGGACCCUCCUUCAAGGGGGGAUGCAUUUUAUGUAGAAGGUGAGAGAAGGCUGCUAUGACUCUUCAGACUAAAGUUUGGCAAGAAGUUGGAUGAAAAAAUAAAAGGAAAAAAAAGUUUUGUCUA